GUUCCAACCAUUGGCAGUCUGUAUUCAUACGUUUCUUAUUUAGCAGUGUAGCAGUGUCUAACAUGGAGUGUUUACGACAAGCUUGGCAAAUCCGUCGGUUUUUAAUCCUAUUCCUCACUCCCGUCAUAUUUUCUCCCAUUCCAGUAUGGAUUCAGAGUUCGGAGGCCUAUACAGCCUAUGUAAUAGUGAUCAUGGCAGUAUAUUGGUGUACAGAAGCAAUGCCCCUAGCUGCCACAGCCUUCAUUCCGAUAGUAUUAUUCCCAGUGUUCGGCGUGCUUCCAUCAAGUACUGUGUGCGCCCAAUAUCUGAAAGACCUGAAUUUUCUAUUUGUCGGAGGUCUGCUGGUCGCUGUCGCAAUUGAAGAUACAAACCUCCACAAAAGAAUAGCCCUGAGAGUUCUGCUGUUCUUGGGAGCUAAGCCAAAAUGGCUGAUGUUUGGAUUUAUGUUGACAACUGCAAUUUUAUCAAUGUGGAUUAGUAAUACUGCAACCACCGCCAUGAUGGUACCGAUAGUUCAAGCCGUUAUCAAUCAAAUCGAAUCAAAGGAUGAUGAUGUGGAAAAAAUGGAAUUGGAAGAUCUAAAUAAUGAUGACGAAGAUAAACGUCAAAGUUUCGCAGAGAAAGCAGUUCUGGCCCACUUUGUUGUUCUCAUGCUUUUAUGGUUAACACGUGAUCCUAAAUUCAUUUCUGGUUGGUCAGUUUUGUUUAAAGAUAAGUAUGUUACGGAUUCCACUUGUGCGAUGUUCAUCGCCAUUAGCCUGUUCAUGUUCCCGCUUGAAGCACCGACGUGGACUUGCCGCAAUCCAGCAGACGAAUCCUCUUCUAAUUCGGAUUGCGGAUCCAUCUUGACAUGGGCUGCCGUACAUCAGAAGAUGGCAUGGAAUGUAAUAAUUCUGCUGGGCGGAGGAUUCGCAAUGGCGGAGGCUUGCAAGGAGUCUGGGUUGUCAAAGUGGAUCGGGGUCCAAUUAUCUGGUCUUGAUCAGAUUCCCCCAGCAGUUAUUCUUUUCUUAAUCACAAUUCUCAUCGCGUUCAUUACUGAAUUCACCAGCAAUACCUCAACUGCCAACAUAUUCCUUCCACUCAUGGCGGAAUUGGCCAUUGGAAUCGGUGUCAACCCCUUGUACUUUGUAUUGACCGCAGCCAUCGCUUGUUCUUUUGCAUUUAUGCUGCCAGUAGCCACGGCACCAAACGCGAUUGCAUUCUCUUACGGAUCGUUGACUGUUAUGGAUAUGGUGAAAGCGGGGGCUAUUUUGAACGUCAUAUGUAUCGUGGUAGCGAACAUCAACAUGAAUACACUUGGAAGUGCAAUGUUUGACGUUCAUUCGUUUCCAGAGUGGGUGAAAUCAGAUGCAAUCACCACUGUCGAAACCAUAGCUAAUAUAUCUGUCGUAUAACAACAUAUCUUAAAAUCUAAAUGAUGUUAUAUUAUUAAGCUAGUUCUAAGUUUAAGUGGUUCACACUUAAAAGAGUAUUGAGUUUGUGAGUCAAACGCGUUUGAUUGCGUUUAGUGUGAACCUAUAUUUUAGGCCUACUGGUAAUAUUGCCGAUCUUGGCGUAACACUCACGCAAUAACAAUUUUCAGAAAGAUCCAGGCCUAUUUUUGUUGUCUAAAAUGUUAGGGGUGUUUUGUGUUUUUUGAUCAACUUUAAUAUAUAGGCUACGGUAAUUAUAUAUGAGCUGGAACUUUUUAUGUAUUUUGAUUGAUCGUAAUUCGUAUUAUUAUUAUUAUUAUUAUUAUUAUUAUUAUUAUUAUUAUUAUUAUUAUUAUUAUUAUUAUUAUUAUUAUUAUUAUUAUUCCAAAAUGAAUAAUAUGUAUAAUAAUUCGUAUUAUUCUUUUUGGUAUGGUUUGGUAAAUUCAAAGAUUAUUCUGUGUAAUAAUCAAGGUACAGUGCAUUGUGUCGAACCGAAUGUAGGCUGCGUGGGCGUCGAAAUAGAACAUAAUGGGAACAAACACGGAUUUUUUUUUUAGACUUUUAGUAAUGUGAUAAUAUAUUGUUUUUUCGCGAAAUAUGAAAAAUAAUCCAUGUUAUAAUUCCUCCCAUAUUCCUGUGUCAGCGAUUAGCAGAAUCCUAUUCUCUUAGGAGAAAUUAUUGUACUUCUAAGCGAGUCGUUGACUGGUCAAGGCUGCGACGGACUAGCAAGCACGUGUGCACCUACAGCAGCUCGAUAAGGGGGCCACGUCCUCCAAAUAUUCUGAUUGCGAAACAUUUUUAAAGAAUUUCGACAGAACACAUCUUAUAAACUUUCUGAUCCUGACUUUUCUAAGACACAAAAUGUGUGUUUGACGAAAGCCUGAGGAAAGGUUAAUGAGAUAGGCCUAUAUAUAGGCAUAUUUAAGCUAAAGAAAGGUGGAAAAGGAUGUCUAGCCGGGCUUAAAAUCCUAAUUAAAAAAAAUUGUAUGAUUAUGGCACCUCUAGUUGGUCGGAAAUGGCACUCUCAGACUGCAUUUGAAUAUAAUUUUUAUCUUUCUCCACUUUUAAAUUAAAAAAAGGGGAGAUGGUGUGU